UCAUGUAUCUAUUUUCACUCUCGCAGAUCAGAGUUCUAACAAAACAUUUCAUUUUGCAAAGCUCAAAACCCUAAAUUGCAACACAGAUAAUCACCAGAACGUUAUUCGUUGGGCGUACGGCGGUGAAGCAUGGCUCGCUCCGGCAUCGUGCUAGCAAUCGUGUUAAUCGGUUGCCUAUUUGCAAUUACAAUUGCAAAAGAAGAAGCCAGCAAGUUAGGAACUGUUAUUGGGAUUGAUCUUGGGACUACCUAUUCUUGUGUUGGUGUUUAUAAGAACGGUCAUGUUGAAAUCAUAGCCAAUGACCAAGGGAAUCGUAUCACUCCGUCAUGGGUGGCUUUCACCGAUUCCGAGAGGUUGAUCGGUGAGGCUGCAAAGAAUCAGGCGGCUGUAAACGCUGAGCGGACAAUCUUUGAUGUUAAGAGGCUUAUAGGGAGAAAGUUUGAGGACAAAGAAGUCCAGAGGGAUAUGAAACUUUUCCCUUACAAGAUUGUGAACAAAGAUGGAAAGCCGUAUAUCCAAGUUUCACUCAAAGAUGGGGAAACUAAGGUCUUCAGCCCCGAAGAGAUUAGCGCUAUGAUUCUUACCAAAAUGAAGGAGACAGCCGAAGCAUUCCUCGGGAAGAAAAUUAAGGAUGCUGUUGUCACGGUUCCUGCUUACUUCAAUGAUGCCCAGAGGCAGGCUACCAAGGAUGCUGGUGUGAUUGCUGGUUUGAAUGUUGCCAGAAUCAUCAAUGAACCUACGGCUGCUGCUAUUGCAUACGGUCUUGACAAGAAAGGCGGUGAGAAGAACAUUCUUGUGUUCGACCUUGGUGGUGGAACAUUCGACGUCAGUAUCUUGACAAUUGAUAAUGGUGUUUUUGAGGUUCUUGCCACAAAUGGAGACACCCAUCUUGGAGGUGAGGACUUUGACCAAAGGAUUAUGGAAUACUUUAUUAAGUUGAUCAAGAAGAAGCACGGAAAAGACAUUAGCAAGGACCACAGAGCUCUUGGAAAGCUAAGAAGGGAAGCUGAGCGAGCCAAGAGAGCCUUGAGUAGCCAGCACCAGGUCCGUGUUGAGAUCGAGUCACUUUUCGAUGGUGUGGACUUCUCCGAACCAUUGACCCGAGCCCGUUUCGAAGAGCUUAAUAAUGAUUUGUUCAGAAAGACCAUGGGACCCGUGAAGAAGGCCAUGGAAGAUGCUGGUCUGGAGAAACGCCAGAUUGAUGAGAUUGUUCUUGUUGGUGGGAGUACCAGAAUUCCAAAGGUUCAACAACUCCUCAGGGAUUACUUUGAUGGAAAGGAACCAAACAAGGGUGUGAACCCUGAUGAAGCAGUCGCUUAUGGUGCUGCUGUUCAAGGAGGCAUCUUGAGUGGAGAGGGUGGUGAUGAAACUAAAGAUAUCCUUCUUUUGGACGUGGCCCCACUUACACUCGGUAUUGAAACCGUUGGAGGGGUGAUGACCAAAUUGAUCCCAAGAAACACCGUCAUCCCAACCAAGAAGUCUCAAGUGUUUACCACAUACCAAGAUCAGCAGACCGUCGUCUCCAUCAAGGUUUAUGAAGGUGAAAGAAGUCUUACAAAGGACUGUAGACUUCUUGGAACUUUCGAUCUUACUGGAAUUCCUCCAGCCCCGAGGGGGACCCCACAAAUUGAAGUCACAUUUGAAGUAGAUGCCAACGGUAUCUUAAACGUGAAGGCUGAAGACAAGGCUUCUGGAAAAUCGGAAAAGAUCACCAUCACAAAUGAAAAGGGUCGAUUGAGCCAAGAAGAGAUCGAGCGUAUGGUUAGGGAAGCGGAAGAAUUCGCUGAAGAAGACAAAAAGGUGAAAGAAAAGAUCGAUGCACGUAACGCACUUGAAACAUACGUCUACAACAUGAAGAAUCAAAUUAACGACAAAGAUAAGUUGGCGGAUAAGCUCGAGUCUGAUGAAAAGGAGAAGAUUGAAGCAGCAACAAAAGAAGCACUUGAAUGGCUGGAUGAUAAUCAGUCAGCUGAGAAAGAGGAGUAUGAUGAGAAGCUGAAAGAAGUGGAAGCUGUUUGUAAUCCAAUCGUAACGGCUGUUUAUCAGAGGUCUGGUGGUGCCCCCGGUGGUGGUGCUGAAUCAACCGAAGACGAUGAUGAACAUGAUGAACUUUAGGUUUUUGCUUGGUGAUACAGAAGAGUUAAAUUUUGUCUGGUAUAAACUAUGAGAUUAUUGUAGUAGAUACUUUUGAAUCAUCUAUAAUGUUUAUGCAAAUUGAAACAAGUUCGUGUAUC